AUGAACACUAAUAAAAGAGAUUUGGUAAAAGAAUUAGAAAUAGCAUUAGCUGAAGAGACCUUGGCGAAAAUAUCAGAUAAUGAUAAAUAUCCAUCGAUUCCAUUAUCAAGUCACAAUCCCUACUCAAAUAAAGACAAAAGUUCAAUCAAGGUUGGAAACAAGACAAUAUUGGAUUCAAGUUCACAGUUUUCGUUGUGA